AUGAAGACGACGUGGCAGAUGUGCCACAUCGUCUGGACAGUGACGACGCAUGCCGUCGUCACUGUCCAAGCUGAUCAGGGGCCAUGUUGCUGUCUGCAACAUGACAACAAUUUGACGACGCGACACGACAACAACAGGGCACAACCACAACAGCACGACACCAAUGGGGACGAGGAUGGUGCCAUGUCACAACACAACCAUGACUGCCCACUAACAUCAAUGACCACCCACGAAGAUGACCGCCCACAAAAGUGA